AAACUCUCUCUUUAGAAAUAAUUAAUGCAAACUCUGAUCGCCUUCAUGGUUAUAACCAAUAGGUUUAUAAUGUAAACAUUUCCCUGUAAUGUUUGUUUUAGCUGGUUUCCCCAGAAGUACAACAUUCAGUGGACAUGUGCUAGCCAUGUCUUUCAUACAUUUUCUUAUUUUCUUCUCUUUAAUAAAAUAUGGGACAGCUUCAGACACAAUUAAAGUUGUACAGGGUAGCACGGACGAGGUGGUAAAUUUUGAAUCUACAUUUGAAAAUUUUUCUGAUGUUUCCGAGUUCACAAUUUGCUUCAGAUUCAAGCAAUACUACACUUCAGAGAGCAAACUGUAUAGAUUAACCUCUGAACAUGCCAUGCCAAUAGUUGAAGUUAGCACCAACGUGAAUGAGUACACUGGUUUAAUUAUAAACAAUCAGGAAAUUUUGAUAAAUCCAUCCUGGGAUCCAUUGUUCUGGCAUCCUGUCUGUUUGGUCUGCAACCUCAACACUAGAAACUGCACCUUUAUAUCUGAUAAUGAGUUUUCUGCUAAUAUUAAUGCAACUAGCAUAUUUCCGACUGAAUCAUUAGAUUUCAGUGAAUGCAAAUUAACACUUCUGGACAAUGCCCAAGGACUUAUUACUGAUCUUCAAAUGUGGAGUACAGCUCAAAAUGAAAAUGAUCUAAGAAGCUGGUUUAGAUGUGAAAAUAGUGAAGGAGGUGAUAUAUUAAGUUGGGCAGAGGCUGAGUGGACUGGAGAUUCACUAGAUCAAGACCUUGAUGAUAUCUGUGAACCACCUAAACCUGGCAUUGUGUUUAUGGGCUAUGACAUGAGCUAUAAGGAGGGGAAAACACUUUGCAACAGUCUUCAAGCUACUUUUGUAAACUUUGACAACAUUAAGGAUAUUGAAUAUGCGGUUGCAGAACAAGAGGAACGUUCUGAUUUCAGGGUAACCUACUGGACAGGGUUCACAUACAAUGCAGAUAACAAAAAUUACCAAAUGUUGAAUGGUUCAGAUUUUAACUUUACAGAUAAAUGGUCAGCUGGGGAACCAAAUGGUAAAGGUGUCCAGACAUGUGUUGUCUUACUUGUUUUCAACAACACCUACUCCUUUAAAGAUGAAUACUGCACAGAUAAAUACAAGUUCUUCUGCAGAUUUGAAGAACUUCCAACAUUAUAUUUACAAAUGGACAGUCAUAAAUACCAACUGGACAGUAUGUACAAGUAUGAUAUUGAUACAAACACUUUCCUUGGUGUCCAAUAUGGAAAUAUAGAAAUAGUAAACGAUACCUGGACAAUAGUUUCACAUGAAGAAGAUGUUAUUGCUUCAACCUUGUCCAUACCUGGGUUGCCUUUGGGGAACAAGACAUGGAAUUUUUAUCGAACAAAUGAGUUUGAAAGGAUAAUCUUGCAUGCUUGCCUAGAUCAUCAAUUUCCAUGCCAAAAUGGAAUAUGUUUGGACGAGAUAAAGAGAUGUGAUUCAACUUUUGAUUGUGGAGGAUAUGAUACUUCAGAUGAGGAUGGUUGUGAUCUGAUUGAAAAGGUUACUGGAUACACGGACAUCAGGAUACCCUCAGGUUUAAAUGGAACUUUGUUUACCGUCAAACUAGGCUUUAAAAUGAUUGACAUACUGUCUGUUGACAUGAGCACAAGAACCUUUGAGAUGAAGUUUCAAAUUCAGACUAAAUGGAGAGACACAGGGCUUGUUUUUAAAAAUUUAAAAGACAAUACAAUGAAUGUUCUAGAUUCUGAUGUUUGGAAAGAAAUCUGGAAUCCGAACCUAUUAUUUGUGAACACUGAAGGUCUUAUAAGUGCAGCUGAGCUAAACAGUAAUGUUUACAGCUUUGUCUUCGCUGAGAAGAAAGGAUCAACAAGUAAAAGAAUGUCAUCUCUUAUUUCUGACUUUGUUCUAACUGGACACCGUGUAGAUAUUGUAAAAAAUUCAUCUUAUAGUCAAACCUUUAUCUGUGAGUAUGAUACUGUCUACUACCCUUUUGAUAUUCAAAAUUGUUUUAUAGAACUGGAAUUGUAUGUAGCAGAUAAAUCUGGUCUGAGGUUUGUUAUUGGAGAUGUGGAGGCCCCAGCUACUUUUACUUUUCAAGACUUUGAUGUUACCAACUGGUUCAUGGAGGAGGAAUCUAAACCUUUUGACAGCACUGGGGGUCAUUACCAAGUUAUUAAAGUCAAUUUCACGUUGAAGAGAACCUUAGCCCAAGCAUUUAUGAAGGUCUUCAUGCCCAAUAUCAUCCUUCUGGCAAUUUCUAUCAUUACCAACUACUUUCUGGGUCAGGAUAUGUUUGAUGCUGUUAUAAAUAUAAAUGCCACAGUUCUGAUGACAGUUGCUUCUUUAUUUGUUGAUUCUAGCAACUAUCUUCCACCCUCAGUUGAAAUUAAGAUGAUGGAUGUUUGGAAUAUUGUAAUGUUUCUGGUACCCUUGAUUAUAAUUGUGACCCACACCAUCGUCCAUGUAAUCGACAAGAGGAAGCUGCACAAGGCAACCACAUUUAAACAGAUGCGAGGAGUAUUGAUGAUGUUCGGUCAGUUUAUCUUACCUCUCCUUGCUACACUCUUUAUAGCCAUCUUUUUUCUUGUGGGAGAACGGAAUAAGAUGUAAAUUGACAAGGAGGGGGAUAGGCUGUAUCCACCUCCCUGAAAAGAAAGAUGGAUUUUUUCUUAAAAUUGAAUAAACCUAUUCUUGGA